GACAGACUUUCUUUCUCUCCUUCCAGGUCUCAGGGCCCCUCGACCCGCGUUCACGUGUUGCCGCGGGAGGACCGCCAAGCCCCGGGCCGAGGACUCCGAGGACUCGGAUGACGAGUGGACCCCGAGGCCGCGAGCUAAACCUUCUUGGGUGGCGUUCAGAGUGGAACAGAAUAAACAUCAGAAGGCAAAGUCCAGGGCGCCAUUAAGUAAUGAGUCUAGUUUGAAGGAAUUGUCAGGAACAGCAAAUUUGUUGACCACAAGUGGCUCAGAGCAGACCCAGAAACCAGUGCCCCCUCCUGGAGAAGCAAGAACCUCCGGACAGCACCCUAGAUGGAAAUUGGACCUCAGGAGAAAGGAGAUCGAAGUGAAGAUGUAUAGCCUACGAGAGAGGAAAUGUCGUGUCUACCAAGAGAUCAGCGAGCCCCAGGACGAUGACUACCUCUAUUGUGAGAAGUGUCAGAACUUCUUCAUUGACAGCUGUGCUGUGCAUGGGCCUCCUACGUUUGUAAAAGACAGUGCCGUGGACAAGGGGCAUGCCAACCGCUCAGCCCUCACUCUGCCCCCUGGGUUGAGAAUCGGACCAUCAGGCAUCCCUGAGGCUGGGCUUGGAGUGUGGAAUGAGGAAUACGAUCUGCCGGUGGACCUGCACUUUGGCCCUUAUGAGGGUCAGAUCACAGAAGAUGAAGCCAUAGCCAACAGCGGCUACUCCUGGCUGAUCACCAAAGGGAGAAACUGCUAUGAGUAUGUGGGCGGAAAGGAUACAUCUCAGGCCAACUGGAUGAGGUAUGUGAACUGCGCCCGGGAUGAUGAAGAGCAGAACCUGGUGGCCUUUCAAUAUCACAGGCAGAUUUUCUACUGAACCUGCUGGGUCGUGAGGAAGGGCUGUGAGCUGCUGGUCUGGUAUGGAGAAGAGUAUGGCCAAGAGCUGGGCAUCAAGUGGGGCAGCAAGUGGAAGACAGAGCUUGUGGCCGGGAGAG